AUGAAAUAUCCAUUACCUGAAUUUGUUGUUAUUCAUAAAGAUGCAUCAGGUUUAAAUAUACGCAAAGUAACAUUAUCUCAACAAUGUGAACUUUAUGAUGUUGAACCAAAUCAUUCAACACUAGGACAAAAAGCUGCUGUUAAAUCUGUAACUGAAAAAAUUCGUGAAAUGUCUGCUACAGAUAUUGAAAAAUUAUUAUCAAAAGAUGAAAGUAAAAGUCCAUUAACAGUUAUUGAUGAUGUACCAAUUGAAUCUGAAGAUGUUCAUAUUGUUUAUCGUCUUGCUAAACAAACACAAUAUGAAGCUAUUGCUGAACAAGACUUUGUUGUUUUACUUGAUUAUAUAGUUGAUGCAACAUUGAAAGAUGAAGGUCUUGUUCGUGAAAUUAUAAGUCGAGUUCAAAAACUUCGAAAAGAAGUUAAAGUUAUUCGAACUGAUGAUAUAAUUGUUUAUUAUUCAAUCGAAGCACAAACAAGUGAAAUAGCUCGUGUUGUAUCUGAACAACGAGACGAAAUUGAAGCUAUUUUUCAAAAACCAUUUCUUCCUUUGAGUAACUUGACAAAUAAAAAACAAAAGCAAGGAAGUCAUUAG